GCGGAAGAGAUGUAGACAGAAAUGUGAGCGUACAGCGUGGUUUUGAAAUAUGACUGCUCCUGUAUUCAGGAUUUGAAAAGCUAUCAAAAUGUCUACAGCCAAACACAGGAUGCGCGAUAAGAAGAUGAGGAACCAGCCGAUCAACGUCACCUAUUCCUCCCCGGGCCAGGGCAGCUCACACUGGAGGAACGGAGGGGACACCCCUACAGGUCAAGGCCAUGAUCUGUCUCCACAUCCAAGGGGCCAGGGGUCCUCUCACUCAGGCCAUUCCCAGGGAGGGGGCUGGGUCCGGGGCCACCAGAGAGGAGGACAGGGGGGCUACCCACAGGACCUGCCCAAACACAUCACUGCCUCAGCGUUUGCCAAGGCCCGGGCAGCGGAGGUGAACGCCAUGUUGAAGGCCGUCACCAAGACAACAGGCAGCUCCCAUGUGUUUGGAGCUCUUCCUAAACACAUGAGGAGGAGGGCCAUGAGCCAUGACACCAAGAGGCUGCCCUGCAGGCUGAGAGACACGGCCAACAACAUGUUGGAGAAGAGUCAGAAGGCUGGUCAGAAGGUGAAGAAGGAACAGUCCAAGAGGAAGAGCCGUAAAGCCCGGCGUCGCCACGGCAACAUGCUUCUGGAGUUCAACCGGCGCCAGCGGAAGAACCUGUGGCUGGAGACGCACAUCUGGCACGCCAAGCGCUUCCACAUGGUCAAGAGAUGGGGCUACUGUCUGGGAGACAGGCCAACCUACAAGUGUUACAGAGCCUGCUGCAGAGCCAUGAGCUCCCACUGUCUACUGCAGGACAUGUCCUACUACUGCUGUGUGGAGUUACAGGGACCAGAGGAACAGCUGUUAGCUACCCUCUCUAAGCUGACCAGCAAGGAAGCUGGGCCUACGUUUGCAGCAGCCAUGUGUGUGUCCGGCAGGAGACAGGGCAGUGUGGUGGUUUACAGGGCAGAACAAUACCCUCUCCAGCCCCUGGGGCCUGUAACGUUCCUCUGGAGACCCAGAACACAGGGGCGGGGCCAGGACGACCAGGGCUCCCAGGGAUCAACACACAGACAGCUGUGGAUCUGGGCGCACCCCACCAUGAAACCGGACCUCCUCCCAGAGCUGCAGGCUGUCUGUCAGUGUUCUGAGGCUGUACUUCCACCUGCUCCAGUGGAGCUCCCUGUCCCACAGCCAGCCCUGGCGCCCACCUCUACCCCAGCCCCUACCCCCACUCUGGCCCAUGGUCCUGGGGCUUGUCCUGAGGCUGAGCAGGCCUCUGGUUCUGGUUCUAAGAGGAAGUGGUCCUCGGGGGAGCGUGAGGCUGCAGGGCCAGCAGCCAAGAAGCUCCUGGGGAACAGCACCACGUCUGCUACCACACCUGUCACCUGGAGGUCCUGCACCACUGGCAUAGUCAUCAGUGAUCUCACCAUGGAGAUGGUGCGCUAUCGUCUGAUUGGACCUCUAUCACAUUCCGUUCUGACUGAAACCUUGGCGCCUGCCACACACUGUGAUGCUGCUAGUAAAGCCGGACCGUCUCCCUUCUGGUGGUCAGAUCACUGCAGAGACGACUGUAACAUGACUCUUCAUCGACAACAAGCUGGUGUCUUCAACAUCCUCAAAGGUGUGUACUCCACAGCAGAGGUCCCAGCCGGCUCAGUUCUGGGUCUGACGGUGGAUGACCCCAGAUUGACCUUACCAAACAAGAGAAGCAUGGCCGUGUCCGACAUCAGGAAGGAACAAGGAGAGAACGAGGAGAGGAGGAGGGAACUGAUGUUAAAGGGGAUCCCUGAACACCUCAGCCAGAGUUCCCUGUGGGACCGGUCUGUCCGCGACAAUGUCACACACAACAAGAUGACAGACCAGGAACUAAACAGACUGCGUAAUGAUGUUCUGGUCCCAGGCUCCAGACUACCCACCCCCCUGCAGGGUAGAGUACCCGUCCUACUGGUGCAGCAGUCUGGGAAGAGCCAGGGCACAGAGAUGGGGUCCUGGGGGAUGGGCUGGGACCUGCUGCUACCCAAGGCCUGGGGCAUGGCCUUCUGGGUACCUCUGGUUUAUAGAGGAGUACGAAUCGGAGGGCUGAGGAUGAGUCUGAAACACACCCAGAAUAAAGGAGAGCCUCACUUUCCCCACGACUACCCAGACUGCCCUGCAGGAGCACGCUUCCAGGAAGAGCAGGAGGCUGAGCUGCUGGCCAAGUUCAGGAGGCGCCCACCAGCCAAACGGACCAAUUACAUCAAACACGGCUGCCUUGCUCCGUUCCGUUGUCCCUGGCAACAGCUGGCCGAGGAGUGGGAGUUGAUUGUGAAGGAGGGAGGAGGAGGAGAGGAGGCUGUCGCACCGAUGGAACAGGAAGUGACACCACCCCAGAGUAACUUCACAGUCUUGAGGAACAGGAAGUCUCUAAGGCAGCUGUCAGCUUGGUGUCGCCCCACUUCCUCUAAAUGUCAGAGGGCACGUAACCUGGGCUCAACGCCACCACUCAACCGUAACGUUGCAGCAUCUCUCCUCUCGGCCCACGGUGGAGGCAGCCUGGUGUGGACCCGUCUCUCCCUCCUCACCAAGGGCCAACCGGAGCAGCACGCUCUGGUGUGUGUCCCCACCGCAGAUGACCUCCAGCUGGUUGGGAAGGAGCCGGGCUGCACCGGCCCCCAGGAGCCUCUCCACACUGACCACUUCAAGAGCCGUGUCAAACGCCUACGCAAGAAGGACCACAACAAACCUGGAGCAUCUUCCUCCGCCAAGCCUGAAAACAAGCAGUCUGACCCUGCCUCCACCUCAGCCCCUAGUGUCAACCCUGGUCCUGAGCCUAGUUCCUCUUCCAGCCUCACUCUGGGUCCAGACAUCACCACCCCCUCUUCCUCCUGUACCUCAGCCCUGACCCUGGGUCUCUGGCCGGAGCCCCUGCCCAGCGUCACCUCCCACUGCUCCAGGGUGACUCUGGGCUGGGUGACCCAGGGGGACUUCUCCCUGUCGGCUGGCUGUGGGGAGGCUCUGGGGUUCCUCAGCCUCACUGGCCUCCUACACACCCUGCUCAGACAGCCUGACAGCCAGAGAGGAUUGGUGCUGCUACGGAACCCUGGAUCAAUGCAGUACCGCUUUGCUAAGAUCAACAUAGAGGUCUGAGGAGUACUGCAAGUUCAACCCCACAUCGCUACAGUCCCGCUUCGCUUAGACCCAGCUGUGUAAAGCCACAGACUUUGUUCUGAGAAAAACAUUGUGCCUUGUGUGAGUCCCUUCACCUCACCCCUAUUAGGGGGACUAGAUAUAAAAUGUAUGGUAAGCAUGGCAUGCACACAGAACAUUACACAUAUUGAAUGCCACAUUAUGCAUUGUUUGAGUGGAAUAACUUUUGCUUGAUAAUAAUUCCCCAUAGGUUUUCUGGGAGUUUUCAUUUGAGUUGACAGUUAUUUUAAGUUCAAUAUUGGUUCCACCUAAGGGACUGCCUUUAGAUCGUCACUGGGACUGGGUGUGUAGAGAAGUCAUCAAUCAUUCUUUGGUUUGCCUCAAUUCCUUUGUUGGAUUUGAGAGCUCUAGUUUAAAUGGUUAACAAUAAAAUCCCUCUACUCCAAUCUGAGUUAUCUAAAGCCUAUUCCCUGUCAGACACUGAGUUACUGUACAGUGUAGCCUAGCCUGCACAGCGAUAGCUACUGUUUACUGCACAUGGUAGCAGUAAGUGACACGUGCCAGAACCCGCCCCUUAUUUUGAAAGCGAAGAGCUGAUUUGCUACAAUUUGUUUUUCUAGUUUUUUUCCCCCAGUAAAUAUUCAAGCAUAAUUCAGAUUCAUUACAUAGGCCUGAAUUAAAUAUAUUUUAUGUACGAUGUCCUGAAAGGCAUCUA